CGUUACUCGUUACGUUACUGCGGCUUGCCUAACUCGUUUCAGUUCUAUUAAGCAUUUUAUGUUGCUGUGUCUCUAUUAUUCUACAGAUCGUAUACUUAUCUAUCUCUUUUUUAGUAAAUUUAUUGUUUGUUAACAACUUUGACAGUUGUCACACAUUUAUCACCUGAUAAAAAUUUACACCUAUUUUUAUUUAUAUUUAAAACACAUCGGUUAAGAUAAAUAAGACAAUUGAGUUGUAGAGAGAUAUUGUGUCCUUUGUUAUAGAAAAAUAGCGGUAAGCGAAAAUGGCAGACGGAGGGUUUCCAGGUCAGCACACCACCACCACCACAAUCACCAGCAGCACAACGGUCACCACUAACUUACGCUUUGAUAAGUCAUACCUGGUGACACUGCCUGGCAUUCUCAAAGUAGUUCAAGUAUUAUGCAGCUUCCUCGGCUUCAUUUGCAUCCAGUUCUCGCGUUUCAACAACCAGACAACUGGCUCGUUCUUCAGUUGGAUAUCGAUGAUAGCGUUCUGGUUCACGGGCAUCCUGCUCGGCUUCUAUCUCUUCCACUUGGUGGAGAAGUUCUACAAGAUCCCCUGGCUGAAGAUAGAAUUCGUUUUCUGCGCGUUGUGGACCUUGUUCUACUUGAUCGUGUCGAUCAUGGCCACAACAGUUCAUGACAACCCUCAUUCGGCUGCUGCGUUCUUCGGGUUCGUCGCGAUGGCGGUAUACGCCGUCGAUUGCUUCUUGAAGUGGAAAGCGGUACGAGCUGGUGGGCUGGCGCAGGGCACCAGGGUCGUCUCCAAGCAGACCACGUCCACGGUGGAGUCCCCGCCGCCGAGGCAAGGUUACUAAUACUACCACACUUUGUACAAGAGGUGCUACAACUAUCAAUAAUCAUGAUAUGCACUUUUGAUUAUAAUCAAGUAUUUCGUUUUUACCUGAAUCAGAUAAUACCAAAAAAAAUAUAAAUUAAAUGGUGAAACACUACAAGCAAUAUUAGGAAGUACUUACAUGCAGUGCGUUAUAUUUGACGCAGGUUUAUUAUGGUUUUUAUUAAAUUUUUUGUACUUAAUCAUUUUGCAUAAUCACUUUUUUAUCAUUAGUUAACGAAAAUAAAUAAAUAUGUUUUAACACAGAUAUAUUUAUAAUAAUAAAGAUGCCUUAUUUAUAAGUUUGAACAAAUAAUUACUCAGUAUGUACACUGUACAGCAUUUUUUAAUUCUACGAUCUAAAACAGCAUCGAGUAUUUUUAUUAAUUGAAUGAGUUGGACGCUAUAUGACAGUAUAUUGUGUGAAUGUGUUUUAUUAAAUUUGAAUUAAUGUAUUUUAGCUAACAAAUAAAUAUUUACAAAAUCAUGAAGUUUUGUACGAAUUUAUAAUCAGUUACCUUUUUCAAACUUGACUAUACAAUAAAUCACUAUUUUUUGUAAUAUUUUUACCAGAAAUCUGUCAAGCUAUUACAAAAAAAAUCUGUUUGAUAUAGAAUACCUAAUUAAAAGCAGUUAUUUGAAGAAUUAUAACUGAUGAAUGAAAUGAGAAUUAAAAAUUUGUUGAUGUAUUAAUUUCGAGAAGUUUAUUAUAAUUGUAAAACAAAGUCAAUUUAUUCACCAAUUGCAAUGUAAAACAAUACAGGGUUAUAAUUAUUUAUGAGCAUAAUAUUACUAUUGCAAAUGCAUGUGACCCAAAUAGAUAACUUAUAUUUGAAAUUUUACCUGAGAUUCAUAUAUUGUUAAGCAUAUCACAUUUAAUUUAAUUGCUAAAUUGAUACACUAUAUAGUCCUAUAUUUUUGCUACACAAUAUUUGUAAAAAAACUAUGAACAAGAGAAAAACUCUAAUGGGUAUUAUAUGGUUGACCUACAUGACUUAUUUUAUCAAUAUGUAUAAAACGAACAAAAUAUAGUAAUUUGUUUGUUUUAUAUUCCCUAAGAAUUAUGUAAGCACAGCUCAAAUUUAACUGACCUGGUUCAUAUUUGACGCAUUAAAAAUCUAUUUAGGAUUAUUCUAAUUUUUAUCAAUUAAAAUGAGGCUUCAGAAGAAUAUAGAUAAGGUCGCAUUUUCAUCACAGCUUUACAUUAGUUACCACAGAAUGACAGUAAAAAUGGCUCAAUUUUUAUUAAUGAUCUGAAUAUUAGUGCAUGACAACUUUGUAUAAUAUUGUGACAAUAUUGACAAAAAAUGACAAAUUAACGUAUUUACUUAAUUGAUUAUAAGGGAAAUUACUAGGUACUAUAGUAUGACUAGUUAUGAUUUUAUACAUAGUUUGGCAAGCAAUUGUUGAAAGUAUUAACUCUAACAGAAGUUGCUUAUAUGCAAUGUCACUAGUAUAACCAACUAAGAAUUACUUAGUAUUUGUAAAUUUCCCCGUUUUUGAGUGUUCUAUUAUAAAUAAUAUGCAUAUCCUGAACAGAAAUGGAAUCGACGUUUAAUAUUAAAACUAUUGUUGGUGUACUAAAAGUCCGUAACAAAAUAAUUGUUAUAUAAAAUUGAAAAAAAAAUAUUAAUAUUAUAAAUAAAACCUGCUACUAUUGUCCGAAAUUCAAGUUUACUUAAAUAGGUUAAUAAUACUUGUACCUGUGCACAUUGUUUUGUACAGUUAUAUUGAUUUUUAUCUAGUUUUUAAGCAUUUAACCACCUGCGUUUAUUUUGUUACAUUUAAAGUUGGCGAUAGCAGUGAAUUAAUUAGUUGAUUCGAGUAAUUCUGAUCUAAUAUCAGAUCUAUCAUGUUUUUUAUCACAAAUUUAAUUUUUACAUUAAUAUUAUUUAAAUUCGUCAUACUGAUGUUUCAAGUCCCUCUUUACACACCAUUCCCUUAUUAAAGCAUAACUGACAAUUAACAUGUCAAAUAGUCUUUUUAAUGUAACGAGAAAUUCACUGAUUGUUUUUAGAAUUAGCAAGAACAAAUAAUUAUUAUUCACUGCUACCCCUUAAAAUUAAUCUUAUUGUGUUAAUAUUACAAAUAUAAAUCCAUUUAAUGUUUUAUCGUAACAUGUAACACUAGCUUUAAGUUUACCCUAAGUUUAAAAGGUUUAAUAUUGACCACUGCCCAUAUGACUACACUGAGCCGAUACAUAUUUUCUUCUAGUUGCGUCACAUUUAGCAAUCAAUGUUCCAUUUUUGACCCCCUUAUGUAGUGCAAGUUGACUCAAAUUUGGAUUUCAAUAUUAUGUAGAUUUAUACCUUUACAUAGAUAAUCUAGUACAUGAUUUCGGAGUCACAAAUAUUGCAUUAUAUUUUCUAGCAUCGUUAAAUACUUAAUAGAUAGUAAUAUUACACAACUGGUAAUAAAUUAAUUAUGUAAGUUGUAAUAAUAUUGAUAAGGGGGCAGCACUCUGCACAAGUAUAGAUUAGAAUAAUAUGGAGAAAUGGUAAUAUACCAUGCAAAAUAAAGCAUGAUAAUUAGGUUUAAAAUUCAAUAAAUCUGAGCCAUUAUUCAAGAGCAAUGAAAACCUGAAAAUUAUUAUACAGGUCCCACACUUGAGAAUUUUGUACGACUGAGCGGUUCGUAAGGUACUGCACAACGUAUAAUAUAUUUAGUGUACGAUUUCUCGUUCCGAUACUUCGAUGCGAUUUAAUCGAACCGAUAUUUCGGAGUGAGUGAGAUUUUCAGUUUGGGUAAUCUUUGUUAAUACCUCGUUAAGAGUAUAUUAACAUAAAUUAUUGUUUUCUACGUCAAACACUUAAAAAUAUUUUUUUCUACGGUUUGUAUUAAAGUUUUUUAAAAUCAAUGUAUAAUUGACUUUGUAUUUAGUCAGUUUUAAUUAUUUUCAAUGUAUUUUUGUCGUAAGAAAACAGUGGUAUCAGCACACUUUAUACACCUUGUAUACACAGCACAUAAUAUUUUAGUAAUAUUUACUACUUAAUGACACAAAUGCCUUAUUAAUGUUACGAUGUUAACUGCUAUAUCAAAUUUUAAUAAAUUAUAUGUGUUAGUAA